AUGGUGCAAUCUGGUGAGGAGGCUAGUCGCAUUUGCAUCACGGCACUAAGAUUGUUAGUAAAAGUUGACAAAAACUUGGAGCCCAAAGGAGACUGCAAAGGUAUACUUGGGCAAUCUCAGCGUCAAGCAGAGGUACAGGAUACCAUAUCGCCGGCUGGCUAG